AUGGUAGCAUCAGUAGCAAAAGGAGCAUCCCUCAACCACAUAUCCAGAGAAUCCUCAGACAUUAGACGCCUCACCAACUACUACAACGAGGUCUUUGGGUUUGAGGAGAUAGAAAGCCUAGACUUCGUGGAGUUUAAGGUCAUAUGGUUCAAUCUGGCUUUCGUUCAAAUCCACCUCAUCGAGAGGAACCCUAGCUCGAGGCUUCUAGAAGGUCCCUGGAGCGCCACAUCACCCGUCACCAACCCCAAUCAUCUCCCCAGAGGUCACCAUAUUUGCUUCUCUGUCUCUAAUUUCGAAUAUGUUGUGCGAACUCUCAAGGAAAAGGAAAUCAAAAUCUUUGAGAGAUCUCUUCCUGAUGGGAAGGUUAAGCAAGUCUUCUUCUUUGAUCUUGAUGGUAAUGAAUUGGAGAUUGGAAGUUUGGCUCCAGAUCAGAAAUAA